GUUUUUGUGUUGUGUCGAAGUAUUUUUUGCUUAUUGUCGGCAUCGUUCAAUGGCUACAAAAUAGCCUGGACUGCUCACAGAUGUCAUUUAGUUAGUACAGACUGUAACUGCAUCACAUGCAAUGUCAAGCUCAACAAGUACCUCCAAUCAGCCUCAGAAGACUUAUGGUGUAACAUCGGCUAUAAGUCAUGCUCCGCCGAAAGCGAGAGAUUUAGAGCUUACUAAGAAGCUAGAGGAGUCUCUUCAGCCUUAUGGAGUGUUUGAGUCAGAGGAAGAGCUACAACACCGCAUGACAGUUCUUGGCAAGCUAAAUGAGAUUGUGAAGCAAUGGAUUGUGGAUGUCAGUCUGCAAAAGAGCAUGCCUGAAAAUGUUGCUCACUCUGUUGGUGGGAAGAUUUUCACAUUUGGAUCAUUUCGUCUUGGGGUKCAUACAAAAGGGGCUGAUAUUGAUACCCUUCUUGUUGCGCCUCGUCACAUUGAAAGAUCAGAUUUUUUCUCAUCAUUCUAUGAUCUGUUAAAAAACCAUGAAGAUGUAAAGGAACUUAGGGCUGUUGAAAAUGCUUUUGUUCCAGUUAUAAAGCUUAUAUUUUGUAAUAUUGAGUUUGAUCUGCUAUUUGCUCGUUUGGCUUUACCAGAAGUUCCAGAUAGUCUGGAUUUGCUGGAUGAAAACCUGUUGAAGAAUCUAGAUCCCAAAUGUGUGAGAAGUCUGAAUGGCUGCAGAGUGACAGAUGAGAUCUUGAGGCAAGUUCCUAAUAUCCAAAACUUCCGGCUUACGUUACGCGCUGUCAAACUUUGGGCAAAAAAGCGUGGUAUAUAUUCCAAUGUGUUAGGUUUUCUUGGCGGUGUUUCGUGGGCUAUGCUUGUUGCAAGGACAUGUCAACUUUAUCCAAAUGCUGUUGCAUCUACUUUACUUUUAAAAUUUUUCCUUGUGUUUUCAAGAUGGGAGUGGCCAAACCCUGUUCUGCUGAACCAAAUUCCUCAGGCAUCUGAGAACAAGCUUGGAUUUCAAAUAUGGGAUCCUAGGUUAAAUCCAUCWGAUCGCUAUCACCUAAUGCCAAUCAUUACACCAGCUUACCCACAACAAAAUUCUACAUUUAACGUCUCACUGUCAACAAGGGAAGUAAUGCAAGAUGAGUUCUAUAUAGGUCUUAAAAACACUGAAGAUGUCCAUAACAGCAAGGCAACAUGGGAUAUUCUGUUUGCACCUACUAAUUUCUUCUUGAAAUACAAGUAA